AUGGUGGAGGAGCUCGAUUUCGAUGUGGAGAUCGGCAGCGCGGGCAUUGGCGAUGGCGGCGACGAGGAUUUCGAUGAGGAGUACGAGGAUCUCUACGACGAUGUAAAUGUAGGGUUCUUUCCCCAGGAAGCGGCUGCUCCUCCAGCUCGUCCAGCGCCAUCGCCAGUAGCGGCAGCGCCAGGGAAGGGAUCUGGUGAGCUCUACCCCAGGGACGAGCAGGACAGCACGACAGCGCCGGCUAGGGUUAAUGCGGCGCCAGAGAGUUUCAGCAAGGAUGAAGAUCCUCCCAUUGCCACUGGCGAGAGCGCUGCUCCAGCAGCUCCUAUCGAUUCUUCGCCAGGGAUUCUCGCUCGGCCGCCACCGCAGCAGCAGCAGUUCGUGGAUGCGAAUGCGAAGGCGGGGAUUUUCAUCUCGGAGCUUCACUGGUGGACGACAGACGCCGAUCUGGAGGCCGCGCUGGCGGAUUUCGGGCGGCACAAGGGGCUGAAAUUCUCCGAGGAGAGAGCCAGUGGCAAAUCCAAGGGCUACUGCCAGGUUGAGUUCUACGAUCCACUCGCGGCCCAGCAAUGCAAGGAGCAGCUCAAUGGCAGGAUUUUCAAUGGGCGCCCUUGCGUCGUCCAGUACGCCACGCCCCAAGUCCUCAAGCAAGUAAACGCGAAGAGCCAGAGCCAGAGCCAGCCAUCGCAAGCAGCGCAAGCUCCACAGCAAGGCCAGGCCGGGAAGAAAAAUAGCGGCGGAGGAAUGGGGCUGUUUGGGGAUCCGGGCUUUGUUCCUCCGAUGAGACCGGGCAUUUUCGGGAUGGGAUUCAUGCCGCGGGGUCCUGCGUAUCCGAUGCACUACCCGGGCGUGCCGCCACCUCACGUAAAUCCAGCGUUCUUCGGACGGGGCGGAGCAAACGGGCACGCGAUCGCGAAUGCUGGAGGGUGGAGUAGCGGCGGAUGGGAGGAGAGCGAGCGGGGCGGCGGUGGCGGGUAUGGUUUCGAGGACGAGGAUGGCCGAGGUAGCGGCAAAGAAACCGGCAAAGCUUCGCGGGAUCACAAGGAUGGAAAGGAUUUGGAUCGCGAGAAAGAGAGGCAGCAACACAGGGACAGUAGAGAUCGGGAUCACAACGCUAACAAGCCCAGCAGCCAUAGCUACAAAUCGAGAGAGAAAGGAGAGGAUUAUAGCGACGAGUAUAGCAAGAGGCGGCGCCACUGA